AUGAAGACGAAAGGAGCUGGCAUCACGAUCGCUAUCGAUCGUGGAGGCACAUUCACAGAUGUGCUGGCCAUCAUCCCAGGUAGACCCGACCUGUACUUCAAGUUACUGUCGGUCGACCCUGCUCACUAUCCCGAUGCUACUAUCGAGGGCAUCAGGCGAGUGCUGUCCACCGUCAGGGGUACGGAGAUACCCCGUGGUGAGCCCCUGGACACUUCAGAUGUUGCCUCUAUCCGCAUGGGCACGACUGUCGCCACCAAUGCUUUGCUUGAACGCAAGGGUACGAGGUGUGCCCUGCUCAUUACCAAGGGCUUCGGCGAUUUGAUGGUCAUUGGCGACCAGUCAAGACCGAAUCUGUUCGACCUGAACGUAAGGAAACCGAGUGAGCUGUACGAGAGAGUUGUAGAGGUCGAGGAGCGUGUCACAGUGGAAUCGUUUACCGAAGAUCCUCUGGAACGCGACUUCACCGAGUUGGUGAAUGGCAACGACCUCAAGUUGGGAGUGACAGGCGAAGUUGUCCGAAUUGUUAAGCCAUUAGAUGUGGCUUCCGUCACGGCACAGCUCGAGGCGCUGUAUGCCGAAGGUAUUAGGAGCUUGGCAGUUUGUCUGAUACAUGGCUACAACUUCCAAGAACAUGAACGUCAGAUCGGCGAGAUUGCCGCUGCCAUUGGCUUCACCAGCAUCUCCUUGUCUCAUGACCUCUUGCCCGUGAUCAAGCUCGUCCACCGUGGCCACUCCACCACCGCAGAUGCAUAUCUCACUCCCGAAACCAAGAAGUACCUUGACGGCUUCAUGAAGGGCUUCAAGGCAGGUUCGGAAGAGCACACUAGAAUUGAGUUCAUGCAGUCCGACGGUGGCCUCGUCGACUAUCGGAAGUUCAGCGGCCUCCGGGCUAUCUUAUCUGGCCCUGCUGGUGGUGUCGUUGGCUACGCUCGUACUAGCUAUGACUCUAACGACCCCAAGCCCGUCAUCGGAUUCGACAUGGGUGGCACAUCAACAGAUGUCUCCCGAUUCGGCGGUACUUAUGACCAUAUCACCAACUCGGUCACUGCCGGCGUGCACAUCAGCUGCCCGCAAUUGGACGUGAACACCGUCGCCGCGGGUGGUGGAUCCAUCCUCUUCUUCCGCAACGGCGUCUUCGUUGUCGGUCCCGAGUCGGCCAGUGCGCACCCCGGCCCAGCCUGUUAUAGGAAGGGCGGUCCGUUGACUGUCACCGACGCCAACCUCGUCCUUGGCCGGCUGUUGCCCGAGACGUUCCCCAAGAUCUUUGGUCCCAACGAAGACGAGGCCCUGGGAGUAGACAUCACCCGCAAGAAGUUCGUCGAGCUGACAAACACUAUCAACGAGAGCAUCAAGGGCACCCGCCCCGCGAUGACAGUAGAGGAGGUAGCCCUUGGCUUCCUGCAAGUGGCCAAUGUGAACAUGUCCAAACCCAUUCGCGCGCUCACCGAAGCUCGAGGCUAUGAUGCUUCCGCCCACAACCUUGCCAGCUUUGGUGGUGCUGGUGGCCAACAUGCUUGCGACAUCGCCCAGUCUCUUUCCAUCUCACGAGUCAUCGUUCACCAGUACUCAUCAAUUCUCUCUGCGUACGGCAUGGCAUUAGCCGAUGUCGUCGAGGAGCGGCAAGAGCCCGCCUCGAAGGCUUACGAGGAGUCCACCGCAGCAUUCUUCUCCGAGCGCCUCGAGGGGCUCGAAAAGCAAGCCCACGAUGCCUUGUUGGCGCAAGGAAUCGACGAAAACGCGAUCAAGAUCGAGAGGUUCCUCAACAUGCGCUACCAGGGCUCUGACAGUCAGCUCAUGAUCGCCGACGAGGAGGGUGGAUACAUUUCCAACUUUACUCGCACGCACAUGCGCGAGUUCAGCUUCAUCAACGAGACGCGUAAGAUCAUCGUAGACGACAUCCGGGUGCGUGCCAGCGGCUAUGCCCACCGUGUCGACGAAAGAUCUUUCAUCAAGGACUUGCAGGCGCUGGAGAAGAAGCCAGUCGUCAACACCGACAAGACUCAGUUCAGGGAUGUCUACUUCGAGGGGGGCUGGAAACCCACACCAAGCUACUUCCUCGGCGAUCUGACUCCCGGAUCCGUCGUCGACGGCCCAGCCCUAAUUAUCGACAGCACGCAGACCAUCCUCGUGGCCCCCUCCGCCACCGCCACCGUCCUCGCCCGCCACAUCGUUAUUGAUCUGGUCCUCAACAACAAGAAGUCGGUCGACUCGCGUGUCGUCGACCCGAUCCAGCUCGCCGUCUUUGGUAACCGCUUCAUGAGCAUCGCCGAGGACAUGGGACGCACCCUACAAAAGAUCGCCAUCAGCACCAACGUCAAGGAGCGGCUCGACUUCUCGUGCGCCCUCUUCGAUGGCGGCGGUGCCUUGACGGCCAACGCGCCCCACGUCCCUGUCCAUCUGGGCAGUAUGUCGCGUGCCGUCAAGAUUGCCAUGAACCGCUGGAAGGGCGACCUGCACCCCGGUGAUAUCGUCGCCACGAACCACCCCGUUGCUGGAGGUACCCAUCUUCCAGAUAUUACCCUGAUCUCGCCCGUCUUCGACAAGACCAACACCCACGUCGACUUCUUUGUCGCGGCCCGCGCGCACCACGCCGAGAUUGGCGGCAUUGCCCCCGGCUCCAUGCCUUCGGACUCGGUUGAGUUGUACCAGGAGGGCGCUGCCUUUGAGCAGUGGAAGAUCGUUGCCAAGGGCCACUUCGACGAUGCCGGCGUCAAGCACCACUUCCUCGACGUGCCUGGCUCGUACCCCGGAUGCAGCCCAUCGCGACGCGUUCACGACAACAUUGCCGACCUCAAGGCACAGAUCGCGGCUAAUCAGAAGGGCAUCAAUCUGAUCCACGGCCUGUUCGAGGAGUACGACCGAGACACUGUUCUAUUCUACAUGCGGGCGGUCAAGACUACCGCCGCGGCAGCUGUCCGCGAGCUCCUGCGGACGACGGCUAAGAAGUACGCCGGCCAGAUGCCCCUUACCGCCGUAGAUUACAUGGAUGACGGCAGCCCUAUCGCUCUCUCUAUCACGAUUGACGAAAAGGAGGGUACUGCGACGUUCGACUUCACUGGCACGGGUCUGGAAGCCUUCAACUGCCUCAACGCCCCUAUCGCCAUCACCUACUCUGCAAUUCUCUACUGUCUACGUUGUCUCAUCGGCACAGAUAUUCCCCUCAACGAAGGCUGUCUCGAGCCCGUCACCGUCAUCGUCCCCGAAGGAACCCUGCUCAACCCCUCUGCCAAUGCCGCCGUGUGCGCCGGCAACGGCUGCACAUCCCAGCGCAUCACCGAUGUCGUGUUCAAGGCCUUCCAGGCCUCCGGCGCUAGCCACGGCUGCAUGAACAUCCUGUCCUUUGGUAGCGGCGGCUACGACAAGGCGAGCGGCAAGUUCAUUCCUGGCUUCGGAUACGGCGAGACGAUUGCCGGCGGCGUCGGAGCUGGCGAGGGCUGGCACGGUUACAGCGGCAGCCAGGUGCACAUGACCAAUACCAAGAUCACGGACCCCGAGAUCCUGGAGAAGAGGUACCCCGUGAUCCUGCACCAGUUCCGCCUGCGGCCCAACUCAGGCGGCAAGGGCCGCUGGAGCGGCGGAAACGGCGUCAUCCGCGAGAUGGAGUUCACCGAGCCGAUCCACGCCUCGGUCCUGACGCAGCGCCGCGUGUACGCGCCCUACGGCAUGGCCGGUGGCGAGGACGCCCAGCGCGGCGUCAACUACCUCGGCCGCAAGAUGAAGGACGGCAGCCUGCGCUGGAUCAACGUCGGCGGCACCAAGGAGGUCGACCUCAAGAAGGGCGACCGCAUCCAGAUCUGCACACCCGGCGGCGGCGGCUACGGCAAGCCAGGCCAGGCCGGCACAGAGGAGGCAGCAGUGGUGGCCAACGGGGCGGCGAAUGGGUAUGCGGCGCAUGUGCCGAGGGCGAAUGGGAGUUUGCAUGCGUAUGCCAGCGAGCAGGCGGCGUCAAAUUAA